AUUUCACAAAUUUUAUUAAAGUCAUUAUUAUAAUAAUUUUGAUGUGAAAUAAUAAAGUGGUGACAAAAAUGCCCGGAUAUGAGAUCGAAAGGUUCCCGAGUCUGUCGGCCAACGAGAAGAGUGAAUAUACGUGUAGUAUAUGUCAGGAUAUAUUCUGCUGUCCGAUGACAGCCCCCUGUUGUCUACAGACCUUUUGCGAGGAUUGUAUUCACAAUUGGCUUCAAACCAAUAGUACCUGUCCUUACGAUAGGAAAACGUUAACAGUCAAUGGAUUAUCACGACCACCUAGGGUAUUGAUGAAUAUGUUGGGAAAACUGAAAAUCCGGUGCGAUUUCCGGGACAAAGGGUGCAAAGAAGUGGUAAACUUGGAGGACCUGAUCCAACACACGACUAAAUGCAAAUACAAUGUCGACAAAAAUGUAAAGAAAUGCAAGAAAUGCUUUUGCGAGCAAAAGUCUGGUCACGACUGCAUUAAGUCGUUGCUUGAAUUGAACCGUAAGGCCAACGAAGAGAUCGAUGCCUUAAAACGCAAACCAUUGGCCACCAGUCCUCCGGUCAGACAACCGGCACCUCAGCCACCGAUGCCUGUGGUCUCCGCACCGGUGCGUCCGCUGAGUCUGUUCAACACGGGUGGGGCCGCCAGUGCUCUUCGGGAACAGCAAUUGAUGCGAGAAAUCAAUGAAUUGAAAACCGAGAAAAUGAACUUUUUGAAGACCAUUCAAGACCUGUCCAACACUGCGCCGACAGUCACUCCCACUAACAAUACUGUCAUUAAUAGUAACCAAAGAUUAUCACAACCGGAGCCAAAACCUCUCUUCACGUCUUCAUCCGAGAUCUCAGAGCAGGAGAUAUUCAAUUCGUGUCGCAAACAGUUGUGGUCACCGGAAGUGUUGCAAAACGAGAUGAACAAAGAAGUGACACAGAAGUUGAUGACUAUAGUGAGGGCUCAGAUCAAGGAGUAUAACAGCAUUUUCGUCGUUUGCAAGAAUAUCACCGAAAAGCUGAACGAAGAGUUUGGCCACCGUUGGCACUGUUUGGCCGACCAUAAGAAUGGCCACAAAUCGUACUUCACGUACGAACCCGGAUAUCUUAUUAACAUUAAAUUCGGUCUAUUAUUCUUCGAGAUCUAUAAAACACAAUUCCUAAGCGUACAGACAAUGCGACAGCGAUUCAAAUCGGGUAAAAUCAAACGCGAGAUUCAGAUACUGCGGACAGAUAUGAAGCAGAGUAUGAUUGCGGACGUGAAGAAGAUUACGUUCGCCGCCGUCGAGAAGUCGGACACAUUGACGGCCGUGUCGUCGGAGAUCAAGACACAGAUGGAGAAACGCUAUCCGCAGCACAUGUGGCAGUGUUUUAUAUUUGGCUACUUCGGUGUGUUUGGCAUUCACCACACGUGCGGCACAUUCAUCAGCUUCGAUGUCGGUCAGCUCACUGUCACACUGUUUCAGGCCAACACUUCCUAAAUGUAAAUGUAAUGUAUGCUUGUCUUUGUGUGUCGCCUAUCCUUAUCGUACGUACAGGUGUUGAGUGUUUGCCAUACGAUUGCUGUACACUUCCUCAUCGAUUGAUUCAAUGUGUGGUAUAUUUUCAGUGAUAAUCUAUAGUCAAUAGAAACGUAAACUCAAUUUCUGUGCCUUUUUAAGCAUAUAUUGAUAUUUUUAUCGAUUACUGUAUUUUGUGGUAAUUGAACGCCAAUUAUAUAACACAAUAAUUUUAAUGUAAUGAUUGAUUGUGAC